UUCACUGUUUCUUUCCUCUAAGUUGUCAAUUAUAAACCCCUCACUUUCCCCUAAGGAAAGAAUGUUCCAGAACAAAGCUGUGAUCCUGAGCACCCUCUCCUUGACUUUUCUGCUGAGUCUCCAAGGAGCUGAGGCCAUCAAGGCGGACCAUGUGUCAACUUAUGCUCAGUUUGUGCAGAUGCAGAGACCGUCAGGGGAGUAUAUGUUUGAGCUCGAUGAGGAUGAGCAGUUCUAUGUGGAUCUGGACAAGAGGCAGACAGUCUGGCGGCUGCCCGAGUUUGGGCAAGCCUUUGCCUUUGAUGCUCAGGGCGCGCUGAGUGACAUUGCCAUACUGAAGAACAACUUGAACAAUCUCAUCCGGCGAUCCAACCACACCCAGGCCCCCAGUGAUCCUCCCGAGGUGACCGUGUUUCCCAAGGAGCCUGUGGAGCUGGGCGAGCCCAACACCCUCAUCUGCCAUGUGGACAAGUUCUUCCCGCCCGUGCUCAAUGUCACGUGGCUGCGGAAUGGGCAGCCAGUCACGGAGGGAGCUUCUGAGAGCAUCUUCCUGCCUCGCACAGACUACAGUUUCCAGAAGCUCCACUACCUGACCUUCCUUCCCAACACCGAGGAUGUCUAUGACUGCAAGGUGGAGCACUGGGGCCUGGAUGAGCCGUAUCUCAAGCACUGGGAGCCCCAGGAGCCCGUCCAGGUCACAGAGACAACAGAGACUGUGGUCUGUGCCCUGGGCCUGGUGGUGGGCCUGGUGGGCAUCAUUGUGGGCACCGUGCUCAUCAUCAGGGCUCUGCAUUCCACUCGGCACCCCCGAGCCCAGGGGCCCCUGUGAGUUAUUAUGAAGCUGGGGAUCUUAGGACACAGAGGAAAGGAAUGGGGAGGGGACCUGAUAUUUGUUAUAUUAAAAGAAAGGAAGAAAAGCUCUAUUUGAUAAAGUAGACAUUGAUCUCUUACUGUAUUAACAGCAGAGAGCUGCAUAACCAUAAAAAUGUUAAUUUUUUAAGUACUUCCUAUGCUUAGGUGUCGAUGUCGCUUCUGGCCGGCAGGAAGGACACACGACAAAGUCUGGCAGUGGACAACCUUUUUUUUUAUUUUCCUUCUCCGUACAGCCUGCCCUGGGAUCGCUCCCAGCCGAAGCCUCCUUUGGUCCGCUCCCCGCGGCUCCUUCUGGGCUUCUACUUUUGGGCUUCUUCUUCCCCCCAGGGGUGGCACCAGUAUAUAUACGGAUACAGUGUCCAAUCAUGUUAAAGUAAGCAAGGCAAGCUGAUUGGCUAACAUCAUCAGUUGCCAGGCAGACUAUAUUGUUGAGCGGGUUGCUUACGCGGUAAGCAGGAAACUAACGUGCUCGAUGGGAGGGGUAAUCUACCUCAGGCUUUACUCUUUAUUACAGGCCUCACGUUCGCCAAGUGAGGCGACCGGGCUCGGGGCUGCGGCUCCCAACAUCUCCCCCUUUUUUAUUUUUUAUGAAUGUGCGCAUCGUAGCCCUUCCUGGACUGGGUGCAGAGGCUUAUGCCCUAUGUGUAGGCCCACCGUAGGUCCUUGGCUUAGACCCUGGUCGGCCGUCCCAUGGUCCGCCAAGGCCCUGAGGCCCUCGUCCUUUUUCUAGGGCCAGGCACAAACUGGACGGAACCUGGAUGCACACAAGCUUGCACUCAUUUUCUCUCCGUAAAGAAAUCCCCUCGGAGAGAAAUUUAGACCUGGGCAGCAUCUAACAGUCCAGCGGCCUACGUGCAGAAUGGGGUAGGGCCUGGCUUAGGUUGAGUCGCACCGGGGGAGUACGCUCUUACCCGUCAUUGACUCUCCUACCCAGCUAUGUCAUAAUUUUUUAGAGGAGGAGUGUGGGAAGCUCACCGUCCCUAGACUCGGUCGUAGGCUAGGUGAGCGAGCCAUGCAUAUGCCUGAGGAUCUUCUUGUCCAUUUCGGGCUACCGCUAUUUCUAUUCAUCUUGUUGGUUGGUCUGUGAUGGAUCUCCGGUAGGGCAGGUCUGAUCUUCAGUCGAGGGCUUUGUUGCCCGUGUCAGUCUCUCCGGUACCCACAGUGGUUCUCGUCCCGAUUCCUGUGGGAAAACACAAACCGCGCCUCGGUUCCAGCUGACCACUGGAUCCGGGCCCAUCCAUUGUCCUGUCAGGACAUCUUUCCACUUCACCCACCCUUUAUGGUUGGGGGAAGGGUUGCAGUGCUCCACGGCUGGGGAGCAAUUAUCAUUAUUUAAAUUUAAAAAAUUGUGUGUGAAUAGUGCCAUGGAUAAUCGUGCCUUUGGGGCCAGGCCUUGGCCUACUCCCCCUUUUUGUUUUUGUAAAAUUUCUUUGAGGCUUCUAUGAGCCCUCUCAAUGAUUCCUUGACCUUGGGGAUUGUAUGGGAUACCAUGUUUUAAUUGAACCUCCAUCAUUUUGCAGAACUCAUUGAAGGCUUUGCCUAUAUAGGCUGGUCCAUUAUCAGUUUUUAAUAUUUUUGGUUUGCCCCAUGCGGCCCAAGCCGCCAGGCAAUGAUUGAUCACAUUAGACACUUUUUCACCUGUUUCUGCUGUUGCGAAUAUGACGUGAGAACAGGUGUCUGUGGAAACAUGAACAUAUUUAAGAGUCCCAAACUCCUGUAUAUGUGUGAUGUCCAUCUGCCAAACAUCACCAGGGAUCAAACCUCGAGGGUUUACUCCCAUCGGUAUGGCAGGUUUGUAUGUGGCACAGGAGUCACAUAGUCGCAGGAUAUCUCGUGCAUCUGCUCUGGAAACAUGGAAAUGGUUUGCUAGUGUCCUGGCAUUGACAUGAAACUUAUCAUGGAAGGCACGGGCUCGCUCGAUUGGUGUUAGUAAGGUAAAAAUCCAUAACGGGCGAGUGGCAGUAUCAGCAGCCGCAUUCCCCUGUGCCAUAGGCCCUGGAAGAGAUGUAUGUGCUCUUAUGUGGGUGGUGAAGACCUUAUGGUGUCUGUUCUGAAGCAAUGUCUGGAUAGACAGGAACAGCCCAGCCACUGUGGAAGUGGAUCUAAUUAAACCGGCAGUCUCAAGCACUUGCAUAGCAUUGACCACAUACCUAGAAUCGGAGACAAUAUUAAUGGCUUCUGAGAACCGUUCAAGAAUCAUUUUAACGAUCUGCAGUUCUACCACCUGAGUUGACGGCUUAAUGUGUCCUAAUCUAAGUUGUGUACUGACUAUUUCUGACAAGGCUAAUAGCUUCUCCUUAGGCAGGGGCCACUGAGGUACCCAAACCGGAUCAUUUGACCUCCAGGUGAUUUUGAUCGAAGUGGGUAGGAGAGCUUCUUCAGCGGCCCCUAAGAAAAACCCAGCCCUUGUCUAUCUUUUUUGUUCUCUACUGGUAUUGGGGAUGUCCGACCCUGUAGGGCAUUGCCCAAGCCUUUGCUGGGGGUAUAUCCCUGGUUCCUGAGUAUAUCCUUAGCCUGGGGGGAGCAGUUUGACGUAAGCGUGACAUCCAUCUGAGUGAGGAUGUCCCUUCCCCAUAGAGACACUGGCAACUGCAACACAAAUGGUUGGAAAUGGCCCUGAUGACCCUCCUCAUCGCACCAGAGCAGGGUUGAAGCACUAACCUGAGGAGCUGACACCAUCCCCAGGCCCUGCAGCGUGUUAUCUGCAGUGUUGGUGGGCCAGUUGGAGGGCCAAUCCUUUCUAGAGAUAAUGGAAUGGUCAGCUCCUGUGUCUAGGAGCCCUGUUAUAUUCUUGCCAUUGACCUUAAGUGAGAGCAUGGGCCUUUUAUCAAGUAUUAUAUGGAGUCCCUCGAAGACUUCCCCUGAGGAACCGAAACCUUGACUUUCUCUAAUUUUCUGCUUUGAGGGAAAUCUCUUGUGGAGACUGGGGAGCAGCAAGAGCUGUGCUAUCUUGUCUCCUUUAUUGAUUACCAUAGUACCCACAAGAGAUUGAACCAUAAUUUUAAUGUGUCCUGUGUAGUCUGAGUCUAUGACCCCCGGGACUACUAUGAGACCCCGAAGGGCCGUGGAGGAUCUCCCGAUCACCAGACCCACGGAAUUUUCGGGUAACGGUCCCUUAAAGGUGGUUUCAACCACUUGAACACCCAUAUCAGGCACCAAUAUAAGUCUGGAGGCGACACUGAGGUCCACACCUGCUGACCCAGGGGUGGCCCUUGUUGAAGGCUGCCAUCCUGAGCUGUCCUGUCUCUGGGGCGGGGGCCCGCCUGUGAAGGGGGCCCCCUCUGGCCGUUUUUUGGCCCUCUAGCAUCUCGUCCACAAAUACGGUUGCCCUGAGCAUCAAAGACCGACCUACACUCCUCAGCUUUGUGUGAUCCCCUCUUGCAUCGCCCACAAACAUAUGGUUCUUCAUUCCUAGGGCGAGGCCUAGCAUCUGCAUUGUUUGGGCAAUGACGUUUAAUGUGUCCUGGCUCCCCGCAGGCAAAACACCCUUUAGCCUUACAUUCCCCUUCUAACCCGCGAGGUCCCCUCUGCUGUACAGCCGCGGCCAGGAGAGCAGCCACUCCCGAGUUGGAGAGUGGCCCCCCUAUCUCUCUGCAUAUCCUAAUCCAGGCGUUGAGGUCCUUGUUCUUAUGAGGAGCUAUCGCUGUCUUGCACUCCUUUGUAUAUUGCUCAAAAAUCAGCUGCCUUACCAGCGGUCGAGCCACUCCCGGAUCAGAAAAUAUCUUAUCGGCAGCAUCUUGCAUUCGGGCCACAAAGUCAACAAAUGGCUCUGUGGUACCCUGAAUUAUUUUUGAAAGACACAAGGAGGCUGUUCCGGCACCACUUACCUGCUUCCAGGCGCGGAGCCCUAUGGCAUUGAUUUGUUCAUAGACAGCGCCUGGGAACUGAGUCUGAUCAUCAGCGUGCCGACCUUCUCCCAUAAGCAUUUCCUUGUUCCACCCCCGGUUUCCCCGAUUGGCCUUUCUCUCAGCCUGCUCUGCAGAGAACUCUGCGUACCAGGCUCGCCAAUCCAGGUAACUACCCGAGGGCAGACACGCCUUUGCCAGCUGAAUCCAGUCCGCGGGGGUGAGGGGCCCAGAAGACAGGUUCUCCAGCAUGGCAAUGGUGUAAGGCGCAGUCGGCCCAAAGGUUGUAACUGCAUUUUUAAGUUCUCUAAUCUGCUUUAUCUCAAAAGGCUCCCAUGCAUUACGUCCCUGGCCCAUAGCUACUUGUACAGGAAAUAUCCCGUAGGGGCCACUAUCUAUCCCAGGUGGUGGAUGUACCUCAUGAGACAAACGUCCCCCCUGCCAAAGCCGCCUGUAAAAAUACCGACCCGCCGGCGGCGGAGCAUAAGACGGCGGCCAUGAUUGGGCGGAAAAUGGGGGCCCGUGCAUCACUUCCUGUUCUGGCGAAGGGGAAGGGAGCUCCCGGGCGGCCGCCUCGCGGCGAGGGAUCGCCUCCGGGAACAGCCCCCAAGGUGGGGCGGAAGGCUUCGCCUCCCUCUCGCGCCGGGGAGCGCUCAGGAGCUCUCUACUCCUCCGCAGACCAAGUUGAGCGGAGUGCAAUUCACGGCGCAACGCUGGGAAAGAACCCUGCGACUCCUUAUCGAGCGACUUGGGCUCCUGACAGCUGGUCUCUUUGGCCUCCUUGCCAUUCAACUUUCCCUCGUCCUCGGAGUCAGACGACUCCGAGGCUAGAGCCCCGUCCUUCUCCUUAGCAUCUUUGUUCCCCUUGACAGGCCCCUCUCGGGAGCUCCCUGACUGGGCCUGCUCAAAUACCCUGCGUACUUUUGUAAGCUCUUGAGAGCUUUCUCCACAACCACCCUCGCUCUUAGUGUUGCUACCUAGCAUGUUUCCCAUUUUUUAAUAUGUUACUCACCGCGUGAGGCCCAAGGAAUCCGCCACUUACGCGUGAGCCUGAGGGGAGUCUAAAAGCCCUGUAGGUGCGCGCCACCCAGAGCCCAGGCUUAUCCCCAACUCACCUGUCUCGCAGCUCUGUACUGGAGCGUUGUCCGCUGUCACGUCUCGGGGGUGAUCAGUCCCCGUGCGGACCGCCAAAUGUCGAUGUCGCUUCUGGCCGGCAGGAAGGACACACGACAAAGUCUGGCAGUGGACAACCUUUUCUUUUAUUUUCCUUCUCCGUACAGCCUGCCCUGGGAUCGCUCCCAGCCGAAGCCUCCUUUGGUCCGCUCCCCGCGGCUCCUUCUGGGCUUCUACUUCCGGGCUUCUUCUUCCCCCCCAGGGGUGGCACCAGUAUAUAUACGGAUACAGUGUCCAAUCAUGUUAAAGUAAGCAAGGCAAGCUGAUUGGCUAACAUCAUCAGUUGCCAGGCAGACUAUAUUGUUGAGCGGGUUGCUUACGCGGUAAGCAGGAAACUAACGUGCUCGAUGGGAGGGGUAAUCUACCUCAGGCUUUACUCUUUACUACAGGCCUCACGUCCGCCAAGUGAGGCGACCGGGCUCGGGGCUGCGGCUCCCAACACUUAGGUACUAUUCUUUGCAUUUACAUUACCUCAUUUUAUACUCACAAAUAAUCUAUGUGAGGUAGGUACUGCUACCGUCUUAACAGGCGAGAUACUUAUAUCUUCUUAUAUACCCUGUGGCAUUUAGCAACUAGAUCAAGGUCACACACUAGAAAGUUGUGAAGCUGGAAUUCAAUCCAGGAAGUUUACACCAAAGCUGUUGGCUUUAUCAUUGUCCUAUGCUACUUAUUUUAUCAGUAAAAUGCAAAGUCUGAACUCCACAUGAGUCAGAUCAGUGUCUACACUCAAUCACAACAUGGUGUGAUAGGCACCUAGUACCAUUUGCUAUCCCUCUUUGGGUCAUUGAGUGGCAAAACUCACACUGCAUAUUUGUAGUUUUAUGUUUCUAUAGUUCUUUUCCCAUUAGACAGUGAUCUUCCUGGGAUGAUGACAUCUUAUUUAUCAUCAUCAUUAUUACUCAAGCUGGACCCCAGGUGCAAAGGGCUGAUUCAAUCACACCACUUAGUGGAUGAUUCUGUCAUGAUGAGCAGCUCCAAGUACUCUCUCUUGUUUUGUUUAUUCUAUCUUCAGUCUUCACAUGCAUAUCUAAGCUCAUCCUCUCUACAGUAAACAUUUGAAAAGGUUUGAUGAAUUUAUCUUUAUUUGUGUGUACCCUGUAGAACACGUAGUAUUAUUCAAAAUGUAUGCUUUUAUAUAGAUUUUAUUAUAGAUCUUUUUGUGUGCAUACAGUCUGCUCCUUUCUGCUGUUCCAUAGCCUUUUGCUUUGUACACCCACCUGUCUGUUUUCCACCUGGAGAAUAUGCAUUAUUUUGAUUCUGUGCAGUGUAAGCAAAUGUUCGCAUCCUCAUAGGGACCUGCAUUCCUGGAAUGUGUUGUGCCCCAGAAGGCCUUGCAGGGUGACUUAAGGCAGGUACACAUGGUUCACACACUACCAAAAGAAAAGUAAUCAAAGAAAAAAAAGAAAUAACAGAGGCAACAGAAUGAGGUGAAUGUUGUCACAUAAGCCAAGGAGAUAAUUUACAGAAGGAAGGAUUAUUGUGUGUUCAGAUGUUCCACAGAGGCACAGUGAGGAAAUAUGCAUUGGUUUUGAGUCUCUUUCCCAGAGCAGAUUGACACAGUGUGAGCAGUGAUUCUGCCUUCACAGCCAUCAUUUCAUACUUGAGCUUCCCUGGCCUCAACAGUGUGGCUCUGUCUUUCUGAGGGUGUUUUGGAGACUUAAAGCAUGUGGGGAAUCUCUCAAGUCAGCCUGGGGUUGAGUGUGGAGUUUGAUGUCAGGAUGCUCCUUGACUACUGACUGUGGCUCAUGUGAAGGACCAGGGCACGUGCAGGGAAAGUCACCUUCUCCCUGGUCUUAAGAAUGGCAGAGGAAUAUGGAAACUAGAUAUAAAGCAGAUAGGAGAGUUGUGUCUGAGCUAGGAGACCUGAACCCAAGGGUGACAGUUGUAACUGUGUGUUGUUGCAAGUGACAAAAUUCCAAAAAGAAGAUUUCAGAGAAUUUGAAUUCCAGAUGUCCUACAAACUCUAGUCUUGGCUUAAUUCUCAACUCCUGUAUGCUCUAUUUCAAUGAGCAACUUACAUGAAGACCCUUCAAGUCUAUGGCCGUGCUAUGCUGAACUUACCUGAUCUCGUUUGAAGACUUUUUGAGUCUUCAUUUGUGACUUUAAAGCUUUUAAUCCUUAGUAAGAUUCCCAACAAAUAGAAGGCAGUGGAUCAGUGUUUAUACUGGUGUAGAGAUCACUCGUGCACUGGGGUUCAUGUCCUUGGGUUUUGUCUGAAAAACUCUUCACUGCUGUCUUCCUGAGAAUACUGAAAAAUAAAUAAAUUCUUCAGUAUUUCAGAA